UUAGAGGAGAAAAACAGGGAAAAAAAUAUUCUGAACCAAUAGACUGCACACACAGUACAGGAGAUGACCAGAGACUGCAGACACAGUACAGGAGAUGACCAGAGACUGUGGAUAGUACAGGAGACGACCAGAGACUGCGGACAUAGUACAGGAGACGACCAGAGACUGCGGACAAAGUACAGGAGACAACCAGAGACUGCCGACAUAGUACAUGAGAUGACCAGAGACUGCGGACACAGUACAAGAGAUGACCAGAGACUGAGGAAAUAGUACAGAAGAUGACCAGAGACUGCGGACAUAGCACAGGAAAUGACCAAAGACUGCGGACAUAGUACAGGAGAUGACCAGAGAUUGCGGACAUAGCACAGGAGAUGACCAGAG